AUGCUAUUGAUUUGCCUUAGCAUUGUGUUUGUAAAUUCAGUUAAUGAAGAGAGUUCAACUCUUUUGAGGUUCAAAACAUCCCUUCUUGACCCAAACAAUAAUCUAUAUAACUGGAAUUCUUCUGAUUUAACUCCUUGCAAUUGGACUGGUGUGUAUUGCACAGGUUCAAUGGUAACUUCUGUGAAACUUAACCACCUUAAUCUGUCCGGUACUUUAUCUCCAACCAUAUGUAAUCUUCCAAGGCUAAUUGAGUUGAAUCUGUCAAAAAAUUUCAUCUCUGGCCCCAUUUCUGAUGGUUUUGUUGAUUGUGGUGGCUUAGAGAUUUUAGACCUUUGCACAAAUAGGCUUCAUGGGCCACUUCUGACCCCUAUUUGGAAAAUCACUGCACUUAGAAAGCUUUACCUGUGUGAAAAUUAUUUUGAUGGUGAAGUACCAGAAGAGCUUGGGAAUUUGGCAUCACUUGAAGAGCUAGUAAUUUAUAGUAAUAAUUUAACUGGAGGAAUUCCCACAUCAAUCAGAAAGUUGAAGCAGCUUAGAGUGAUAAGGGCAGGUCUGAAUGCACUCUCAGGGCCAAUACCUGCUGAAAUUAGUGAGUGUGAGAGCAUGGAGAUAUUGGGUUUGGCACAGAAUCAGCUAGAAGGGUCAAUUCCAAGGGAGCUUCAAAUGCUUCAGAACCUUACGACUAUACUUCUGUGGCAAAAUGCUUUAUCUGGGGAGAUUCCUCCUGAGAUUGGAAACAUUAGUAGCUUGGAACUGCUUGCUCUGCAUCAAAACUCAUUGAGUGGUGCUGUUCCCAAGGAACUUGGAAAGCUAUCCCAGUUGAAGAGAUUGUACAUGUACACCAACCAGUUGAAUGGAACAAUUCCACCAGAACUAGGGAGCUGCACAAAUGCUAUUGAGAUAGACCUAUCUGAAAACCGUUUGAUUGGGAUCAUUCCCAAAGAGUUGGGUCAAAUCUCUAAUCUUAGCUUGCUUCAUUUAUUUGAAAACAACCUUCAGGGUCACAUUCCGAAGGAGCUUGGUCAGUUGAGGCUGCUAAAAAACUUGGACCUUUCACUGAAUAACUUAACAGGUACAAUUCCACUUGAGUUUCAAAACCUUACAUACAUGGAGGAUUUGCAGCUAUUUGACAAUCAACUUGAGGGUGUGAUUCCUCCUCAACUUGGAGCUAUUAUAAACCUUACUAUUCUUGAUAUAUCUGCAAAUAACCUUGUUGGUAUGAUUCCUGCCCAUCUUUGUGAAUAUCAGAAGCUUCAAUUCCUGAGCCUUGGAUCGAAUAGGUUGUUCGGAAACAUUCCUUAUAGCCUGAAAACAUGCAAAUCUCUUGUGCAACUAAUGCUAGGGGACAACCAAUUAACGGGAAGUUUACCUGUUGAAUUGUAUGAACUUCACAAUCUCACAGCACUUGAACUUUAUCAAAACCAUUUCUCUGGGCUAAUAAGCCCAGGGAUAGGCCAACUCAGGAGCUUAGAGAGGCUCCUCUUGUCAGAUAACAAUUUUGCUGGCUUUCUCCCUCCUGAAAUUGGAAAUUUGACAAAACUUGUCACAUUCAAUGUUUCCUCUAAUCAUUUCAGUGGAAGCAUUCCUCAUGAGUUGGGAAACUGUGUAAAACUGCAGAGGCUUGAUCUUAGCAGGAACAAAUUCACUGGCAUGCUUCCAAAUGAGAUUGGCAACCUGGUGAACUUGGAGCUGUUGAAGGUUUCUGAUAACAUGCUCUCAGGUGAAAUACCAGGCACUUUGGGGGAUCUUAUUCGUCUCACUGACCUCGAAUUAGGUGGCAACAAGUUUUCAGGAAGCAUCUCUUUUCAUUUGGGAAGACUUGCAGCCCUUCAGAUUGCACUUAACCUCAGUCACAACAACCUUUCUGGCACAAUCCCUGAUAGCCUUGGGAACUUGCAAAUGCUAGAAUCCCUUUAUCUAAAUGAUAACCAACUUGUUGGUGAGAUUCCUGCAUCAAUUGGUGAUCUUCCCAGUCUUUUAGUAUGCAAUGUAUCUAACAACAAGCUGGUAGGAACUGUUCCAGACACCACCACAUUUAGAAAGAUGGAUUUCACAAACUUUGCUGGUAACAACGGAUUGUGCCGUGUUGGUACUAAUCAUUGCCACUCUUUAUCUUCCUCUCAUGCUGCAAGAACAAGCUGGAUCAGAGAUGGUUCACCAAGGGAAAAGAUAGUAAGCAUUGUUUCUGGUAUGGUUGGACUAGUUUCUCUUAUCUUCAUAGUGUGUAUUUGUAGGGCCAUGAGGCGCCGUAGCCCUUCUGCUUUUGUUUCAAUUGAAGGCCAAGCAAAGACUCAUGUUCUUGAUAACUAUUACUUUCCUAAAGAAGGCUUCACAUACCAGGAUCUCUUGGAAGCCACUGGCAAUUUUUCAGAAGCUGCAGUUAUAGGGAGAGGAGCUUGUGGUACCGUAUACAAGGCGGUUAUGAAUGAUGGUGAAGUGAUUGCGGUGAAGAAGCUGAAUUCACGUGGAGAAGGAGCAAAUGUUGACAGAAGCUUCCUUGCUGAGAUUUCAACCCUUGGAAAGAUCAGGCACAGGAACAUUGUGAAGCUUUAUGGAUUUUGUUAUCAUGAGGAUUCUAAUCUUCUCUUGUAUGAGUACAUGGAAAAUGGAAGCCUUGGAGAACAACUUCAUUCAAGUACAAACACUUGUGCAUUGGAUUGGAAUAGUCGAUAUAAAAUUGCUCUAGGAGCAGCUGAAGGCUUAUGCUAUCUUCAUUAUGAUUGUAAACCUCAAAUUGUCCAUCGCGAUAUUAAGUCAAACAACAUUUUGCUUGAUGAGGUGUUUCAGGCUCAUGUUGGAGACUUUGGCUUGGCAAAGUUGGUUGAUUUUUCCUACUCAAAAUCAAUGUCUGCUGUGGCAGGUUCAUAUGGCUACAUUGCCCCAGAAUAUGCUUACACCAUGAAAGUGUCUGAGAAAUGUGACAUCUAUAGCUUUGGGGUAGUUUUGUUGGAACUAGUUACUGGGAGGUCACCUGUUCAACCUUUGGAACAGGGUGGUGAUUUAGUGACAUGUGUGAGAGGAGCAAUUCAAGCAUCAAUACCAGCAUCUGAAUUAUUUGACAAAAGGUUGAAUCUAAGUGCACAAAAAACAGUUGAAGAAAUGUCUCUUAUUCUCAAAAUUGCUCUGUUCUGCACCAGCACAUCUCCACUUAAUAGGCCUACAAUGAGAGAGGUCAUUGCAAUGUUGAUUGAUGCUAGGGAAUAUGUUAGCAACUCACCAACCUCUCCUACAUCAGAAACUCCAUUGGAUGAGGUUGAAUGUGCUUCUUCCAAAGGUUAGAAAUCUUCAAUUCAUAAUUAAAUUUUUUUUGUUAAUUGAUAAUAAUUGAGAUAGCUUUCCAUAUUGUUAGUCUCCUAAAAUUUUAUGGUUUUAAUUGAUGGUUUUAAAAAUAAAAUAAAUUUAUAUUGUGACAUGUAUAGGGUCAAUUUUUAGUUGGUCAAAUGAGAUUAAUAUUUUAGAAAACUGAUUGGCUUGUUAUGGUUUGUGCAGAUGGUGAUCUUGAGUUGUAAGUUAUAAGCCUCACUCACUCCUCCAAGGAUAGUGAUUUUGGUACUACAUAUUUGAAUUCUGGACAAUCAUGUGCCCUGGCUUAACUGAAUAAGUGGCUUUGUCUAAAAGAAUAUCAUAAUCAAUUUCAGAGAAGCAUAUGCAGUGUGCAUUAACCCAACCAUGUAAAGCUACUUUACCUUUAGAUGUAUGAUGAUUCUAUUAACAUACCAAACCUCACUCUUCUCCUUCUAGGCACACCUUUGUUUGAUGUCUAUGAUAGCGAGUUGAACAUAGAAAGAAAAAGAUCACCCAAAUUAGGUUCAAUUCUAAUUUGAAUAUUAAUGAUGACUAUCUUUAUUUGUAAUUUCACACAAUUUGGUGAAAUAUAAAUUGUAAAGUCCUUG